AUGAGCGAGUCACCCAUCGAGCAGGAUUCUGGCGCCGUCAUCGGCAUUGCCUUCGGCAAUACUACAAGCUCGAUUGCGUAUACUUCAGCUGAUGGAAAGGCAGAACUUAUUGCCAACGAGGAGGGUGAUAGACAUAUCCCGUCGGUCCUCUCGUACCUCGAUUCAGACGAGUUCCACGGUGGUGAGGCAAAGGCACAGCUCGUGAGGAACCCGACAAAUACCGUGGCAUAUUUCCGCGACUUUUUGGGCAAGAAGUACUCUGAGAUCGACCCCACAAACAGCCACAACUCGGCGCACCCCAUCGAUGUCGACGGCACAGUCUCGUUCAGCGUGAUCGAGAAGCACGGCAAGAAGGCGGUAAACCUGAGCAUCAGCGAGAUCACCAGCCGCCACCUGGGGCGUCUGCGCCAGUCCGCCGCCGACUUCCUCGGAAAGCCCGUUACUGGCGCUGUCGUCACGGUUCCUACCGACUUCACCGACGCCCAGCGCGAGGCCCUGGUGGCUGCUGCCAAGGGCGCGGAUCUUCAGGUCCUCCAGGUCGUUCAUGAGCCCAUCGCUGAGGCCCUCGCCUACGCCGCUAAGGAGAACCUGCAGCCUCAGGACAAGAUUCUGCUGGUCGUUGAUGUCGGUGGUACCAGAUCGGAUGCCUCCGUCAUCGCUGUUCGCGGCGGUAUGUACACCAUCCUGGCCACGGCUCACGACUACGAGCUGGGUGGUGUCCACCUCGACCAGGUCCUGGUUGACCACUUUGCCAAGGAGUUCUUGAAGAAGCACAAGAGCGACCCGAGGGAGAACCCGCGUGCGCUUGCGAAGCUGAAGUUGGAGUGCGAGGGUGUCAAAAGGACUCUGUCCAUUGCGACCACCGCAAGCAUUGCUAUCGACUCUCUGCACGACGGCUUCGAUUUCCACUCGAACGUCAACAGAACUAGAUAUGAGCUGCUCUCGAGAAAGGUUUUCGACCAGAUUGUCAAGCUGGCUGAGCAGGUUGUCGAGAAGGCCGAGCUUGAUCUGUUGGAUGUCGAUGAGGUGAUACUCGCCGGAGGUUCUUCCCACACCCCCAAGAUCGCCCAGCGCUUCGCUCAGCUCUUCCCCGAGACCACACCGGUUCACGCACCCGCCACCGACGCGACUGCCCUGAACCCCUCCGAGCUCGCCGCCAGGGGAGCCGCUCUCCAAGCCUCGCUCGUCGCCGAGUUCGAUGUCGAAGAUAUUGACCAGUCCACCCACCCCGCCGUGACCGUCGCCCCCCACCUCAGCAAGGCCAUCGGAGUGAUCGUUGUCGGUGCCGACGGCAGCGAAGAGUUCCAGGCGAUCCUGGCCGCGCAGACCGCAAUCCCUGCCCGUAGACUGGCCGAGUUCUCUUCACCCGUCGAGGGCGGCGAUGUCGUCAUCAAGUUCGUCGAGGGCGCCAGCGAGAUCCACAAGACUACUCCGGAAAAGAAGCCCAAAGCCGAGGCUACCGAGGGCGAUGAUGAUGAUGAGGACGAGGACGAUGAGGAGGAGGAGGAGGAGGAAGAGAUCAAGACUAAGCACAUGAAGGUCGAGAAGGUCCUCGCUGAGGCCCUGCUCAAGGAUGUGCAGAAGGGCCAGAAGAUCGAGGUCACUAUCCAGGCCGGUGCCGACUCCUCGCUGAACGUGGCGGUGAGAAUCGUCGGUACCCAGCAGGGUGUCCGUGGCGUUAUCAGUGCUGCUGCUGCUCCGUAG